GUCCCUUUUAUUUCCUUGCAGCCGCGUCUUGACAUCCCGUCGUCUCAGCGGUACCUUCUCCCUUGUUUCUUUGGAAAGCGAGCAUGGCCUCCGGCGGGACGGAAGCCGUGUCCGAGACGCGACCAGACCCGGAAGAGGUCGAUUACGCAGGUUUCACGCGCUUCGAGAUUGAGUUGGAGUUCGUGCAGUGCCUAGCCAACCCGUUGUAUCUGCACGAGAUCUUCAACAGGAACUAUUUCGAUCAGGAGGAAUUCAUCAACUACAUCCGCUACUUGCAAUACUUCAAGGACCCAAAGUACGCCAAGUACUUGUUCUAUCCUGGACCAACCUUGCGUGCUCUGGAGCUUUUGCAGCUGAAGUCCUUCCGUGAGCAGCUGGGGAACAUCAACUUCGUGAUGCACAUCAUCGAUGAGUGGACAAAGGCAGCGAGCAACGGACCGCCAACUUGAAAGUCCUCUCGGUCGGCAAGUUUUUCCGUCAUCACGUUGCUUCGGCUCCUCCCCAAGCUCUAGCGGGUCUAGAUCUGAAGUCCGACAAGAUGGAUGUCAGCUAUGUAAGAGGGACAUAUGCAACGCCGAUUCGGCACCUUAAGAAAAGUUCACUGAGCCUCAAGUAGACGAGAGAGAUGGAUAGGGAUUUGGGACUCACGGCCCUCAGGAACCAAUAUGCUGAAAUCGUCGAAAUUGUGCGAAGGUCACGCAACGACUGUCCGCGAUUGACAUCUCUCAGUACCUAUAGAGUACGCAUAGCAGGCCAUAGGUCUAUGUGGCCUAUGUCCUGUAAGAUGUAUAUCAAGAAGCUGUCCCAAUAUCCUGUGUUAAGAAUGUUCGUUUGUUCCUAAUUCACUGCACCAGCAAUCUCUCUCCACUUACAGAAACCUUACAAAGGACACACCUGAGUUCGGACUGUACCCGUGGAAUCAUAAAUAUCUUCUGCUCCAUUCCAGGCCAUUGAUUUUUGGCGCAUCACGAAGACUUCACUUGAAUCAUGUCCCACUCGAUCAGCGUGGCUGCACCGUGGCAGGUUACAGGCAACUUUACGGCCUAAACAAAAAAAAUGGAGAAACUCGAACACUCAUGAACAGUUCGUGCACUUGCUCCUACCUUUCCGAGAUUGACUGCUGCAACUCCACUGCAUCACAUGUUCUUAGAUGAUACGGAUGUCCACUGGUGUUAAAUGAACAUACGCAGUCAAGACUAUGCCGCUCAUGAGCUUUGUCAAUCGGCCAGCGGCAGACAGCAGCACGAAUAUUUCUGAGGCAAGAGAGGGACAAAGUGCAUAAAAAGCACGACUCAAAGUUUUCAAGCAUUUGUCGAUUAAAACUUAUCUCUUCUACUUCGCCAGGGCGCCGACCCGUCGAUCGCAUCCUCCUUUGCGCAUCUGGAUCUUUGUAAUUCUCUCUACACUUCUGGAGAUAGGAAAUAUGAGAAGGUCGCACCUAAUACUCUUUACAAAAACAAUUGGGCAC